UGCCUAGUGAAAAGGAGCUGGGAAAUAAGGCUUUGGCCAGUUCAGGAGAAGGGCCCUUUAUAUGUACCAGCAAAGACCCAAUUGUUACUGAAUCCAAACUGGGCUGCUUUUCCCAAUUAUCUCCACUACUCUUCUGGUCUCCAUUUUUAGAUGCCAAGUUUUAACUCAGAACAAAAGCUCCUGUCGGGACUGAUUUAUAAUGCAGAUUUGCUGACCGGGCCCUCCAGUGUUCCUCUCCUCCAGGACUGCGCCCGCUUAAAGUCCCCACCAAAGCCUUGGGGCUCCAGUCUCUUUACCUCUGUCCUUUGCCCCUAGCCAAGAGGAGGCAUCUGUGUCUGGGUGCUGAUGGGGCGGCUUCCCUGGGGUUUGUCCACUUGCCCAGCUCUGAGGACCAGCUGGCAAGGUCCACGCCAGCAUCACUCCAGCGGAGCGGGCCAGAGCUACAAGUGACUUCUAGGAGCUGCUGUGGGCGGAGGCAGGCGGUUCUAAAAGGUGGUAGCUCUCCAGCGCGCCUUCCCCUCAGCUGCUUUCAUCUGAACUUUAGGGCUCGUGUCACUUGUUACUCAGCCUUCUGGCAUCAGAAGGACUCAUUUCUUGGGGGCAGGCUCUGUGCAACAGGAGUCUCCCGGAGGGCUGUCUUCCGGGGGAGCUAGCUGGGCAAGGGCGCUGCUGUCCCUCUGUGUGGAGCAUGAAAAACAAGGAGCAGACUCUCCGGAGAUUAGUGGGUCUAACUGGUUGGUAAGACCGGUUCCAGUCUGAUUGCGGGGGCCAGCUGGUGUUGGGGCCAAGAAACGAAGCAGAAUUUCGGGCCAAAAGACCCAUUCUGGUCUGCCCCAAAAAGGAGCCUCGAUUUCUCCGGCACCCCUCCCCCGGAUACUCGCCCCGAAGGGACUUGCCCGCGUUGGUUCCAGUAACUGCAGAGUGGGGAGCUCCUCGGUCCCAUUCCCGAGCCCAGCUGCCCAGCCUUGGGGGACACUUCGGAAAGACCCGCAGGGCAGCUGGCCUGGAGCUUAGAGGCAUUUGCCAUGGCCCCACACUGGGCUGUCUGGCUGCUGGCAGUGGAGCUGUGUGGCCUGGGCAUUCGGGCUGAGAUGUGGUGGAACCUGGUGCCCCGGAAGACCGUAUCUUCUGGGGAGUUGGCUGCAGUAGUCCGGCGGUUCUCCCAAACGGGCAUCCAGGACUUCCUGACGUUGACCCUGACUGAGCAGACAGGGCUUCUGUACGUCGGGGCCCGGGAGGCCCUGUUUGCCUUCAGCGUGGAGGCUCUGGAGCUGCAAGGAGCGAUCUCAUGGGAGGCACCUGCUGAGAAGAAGGCCGAGUGCAUCCAGAAAGGGAAGAGUAACCAGACGGAAUGUUUCAACUUCAUCCGCUUCCUGCAGCCCUACAACACAUCCCACCUGUACGUCUGCGGGACCUACGCCUUCCAGCCCAAGUGCACCUACAUCGACAUGCUCACCUUCACUUUGGAGCGUGGAGAAUUUGAGGAUGGGAAGGGGAAGUGUCCCUAUGACCCAGCUAAGGGCCACACCGGCCUCCUUGUGGACGGCGAGCUGUACUCGGCCACACUCAACAACUUCCUGGGUACAGAGCCAGUUAUCCUGCGCAACAUGGGGCCUCACCACUCCAUGAAGACAGAGUACCUGGCCUUCUGGCUCAAUGAACCUCAUUUUGUAGGCUCUGCCUACAUCCCAGAGAGCGUGGGCAGCUUCACAGGGGACGAUGACAAGGUCUACUUCUUCUUCAGCGAGCGGGCAGUGGAGUAUGACUGCUAUGCAGAGCAGGUGGUGGCUCGGGUGGCCCGUGUCUGCAAGGUACAGAAUCCUGUGGUGAGUGGGGAGCCCCGGGAGGCCUGGUGGCUCAGCGGGCCUGCCCAGCAGUGCCCCCUUGCUAUCUGCCAGGGGGACAUGGGGGGCGCGCGGACCUUGCAGAGGAAGUGGACCACAUUCCUGAAGGCAAGGCUGGUGUGCUCGGCCCCGGACUGGCAGCUCUACUUCAAUCAGCUGCAGGCUCUGCACACCCUGCGGGAUGCCUCUUGGCACAAUACCACCUUCUUUGGGGUUUUUCGGGCGCGAUGGGGCGAUGUGGACUUGUCAGCGGUCUGCGAGUACCAGCUGGAAGAGAUCCAGAGGGUAUUUGAGGGUCCCUACAAGGAGUACCGUGAGCAAGCCCAGAAGUGGGGCCGCUAUACCGACCCCGUCCCCAGCCCGCGGCCUGGCUCGUGCAUCAACAACUGGCACCGACGCCAUGGUUACACCAGUUCUCUGGAGCUGCCGGACAACACCCUCAACUUCAUCAAGAAGCACCCACUGAUGGAGGAGCAGGUACGGCCCCGGUGGGGCCGGCCCCUGCUCGUGAAGAAGGACACCAACUUCACUCAUCUGGUGGCUGACCGGGUCACAGGGCUUGACGCAGCCACCUAUACGGUGCUGUUCAUUGGCACAGGAGAUGGCUGGCUGCUCAAGGCCGUGAGCCUGGGCCCCUGGGUCCACCUGAUCGAGGAGCUGCAGGUGUUUGACCAGGAGCCUGUGGAAAGCUUGGUCCUAUCCCGGAGCAAGAAACUGCUCUUUGCGGGCUCCCGCUCUCAGCUGGUCCAGCUGCCCCUGGCCGACUGCGCAAAAUACCGCUCCUGUGCCGACUGCGUCCUCGCUCGGGACCCCUACUGUGCCUGGAGCGUCAACACCAGCCGCUGCGUGGCCGUGGGUGGCCCCUCGGGGUCCUUGCUGAUCCAGCACGUGACGGUCUUGGACACUUCAAGCAUUUGUAACCGUGGCAAUAAAAAAGUCAGGCUCACACCCAAAAACAUCACUGUGGUGGCAGGCACAGACCUGGUGCUGCCCUGCCGCCUCUCUUCCAACUUGGCCCACGCCCGCUGGACCUUUGGGGGCCAGGACCUCCCUGCAGAACAGCCUGGCUCCUUCCUCUAUGACGCCCGCCUACAAGCCCUGGUCGUGAUGGCUGCCCAGCCCCGCCACGCCGGCGCCUACCACUGCUUUUCAGAGGAGCAGGGGGCGCGGCUGGCUGCCGAAGGCUACCUGGUGGCCGUGGUGGCCGGCCCAUCGGUGACCCUGGAGGCUCGGGCGCCCUUGGAAAACCUGGGGCUGGUGUGGCUGGCUGUGGUGGCCCUGGGGGCCGUGUGUCUGGUCCUGCUGCUGCUUGUUCUGUCACUGCGCCGGCGGCUGCGGGAGGAGCUGGAGAAGGGUGCCAAGGCGGCAGAGAGGACCCUGGUGUACCCCCUGGAGCUGCCCAAGGAGCCCACCAGUCCCCCCUUCAGGCCUGGCCCAGAGACUGACGAGAAGCUCUGGGAUCCCGUCGGCUACUACUACUCGGACGGCUCGCUCAAGAUUGUGCCUGGACAUGCGCGGUGCCAGCCCGGGGGCGGGCCCCCCUCUCCACCUCCUGGCAUCCCCGGCCAGCCCCUGCCUUCUCCAACCCGGCUUCACCUGGGGGGUGGGCGGAACUCAAAUGCCAAUGGCUACGUGCGCUUACAGCUAGGAGGGGAGGACCGCAGUGGGCUGGGGCACCCACUGCCCGAGCUGGCCGAUGAAUUGAGGCGGAAGCUACAGCAGCGUCAGCCACUGCCAGACUCCAAUCCCGAGGAGUCCUCCGUAUGAGGGGCCCCACCGCCUCGCAGGGGCAGCGUGGGACGCGCGGCUCCUCCGUUUUUGCACAGGCACCAGCUACCUCAGGGACAUGGCGCGGGCACCGGCUCGGACUGGGGCGGACCCUGCCCCGCACCCGCCCGGCCAUGAGGACCUGCUCCGCUCAGCACGGGCACUGCCACUUGGUGUGGCUCACCAGGGCACCGCCUCCGAGAAGGCAUCUUCCUCCUCUCUGUGAGGGGCUGUGAAUCACGGACACAUGGGACCCCAGCCGCCAAAACGUUUCAAGGCAGAAGUUGGAGAUGUGGGUGUGUUUGUAUCUAGGUGUAUGUGUAUGUGGGUGUGUGCAUGUGUGUGUGACCUAGUCAUCUUGUUUCUCUGUGUGUGUGUGUGUGUAUGUGUGUGCGUGUGAGGUAGUCUUCCUUUUUCUGUCCAGUCUUCCCUUGGCCUGGGGUCCUCCUGGUGAGUCAUUGGAGCUAUGAAGGGGAAGGGGUCGUAUCACUUUGCCUCUCCUACCCCCCUCUGUCCCCGUGGGGGUCAGUGAUGUACAUAAUGGGGGUGGGCUGGGCAGGGUGCUGUGCCCCUUUUGGGAAGUCCAGGGCUCUGGGGUGGGCCUGGUCCUGCUCCUAGGGCUGUGAAUGUUUUCAGGGUGGGGGGGUGGGAGAUGGAUUCUCCUGUGUGUUUUGGGGCAAGGGUGGGAGGGGCCUCCCACUUGGCCCUGGGGUUCAGUGGUAUUUUAUACUUGUCCUCCC